AUGGAUAUCUUGGUGCAAUCUGUCGGUGGAAAGAAAAAAGGAAGAGUCAAAGGUCUUGGCUCUUUGGGUCGAACUAUAAAGGCGUCUAAGAAAUCAACAUCAACUUUGCCGGAAGAAAUUGAUGAGAUGAUUAAGUCCAAGAUAGAUGCUUCAAAUGCUUAUUUGUAUGCUCAGUUACAGAACGAGCGACACAAAAAUAAGAAAAUGAGGAAGGAAUUGGACUUGUUGAUGAAGCAUGUAUACAACAAAUCAUCUUUAAAUGAACCAUCAUCUAAGGAAGACAACCAAACUUACGAGGAUGAAAGCGAUGAUGACUCUAACAAUGAGAAUGAAAGUGAUUCUCACCCUAAUAACGUGGAUGAAAGUGAUUCUAACCCUAAUAGUUGGUAG